GUUUAAACGCGCGGCGGUUGGAGCCGGAGUAACGGGCGCAGCACGGGCCGGUCACCUGGCAACGGUGGCCGGGGCAGCCGCGCGCCCCCACACCAUCCCAUCCCAUCCUCCACCCGGUGAUGGAGGGAGGAGGCCUGGAGACCGGGCUAAUGGGCAACGGCAGCCGCUACCGGGCGGCCUUGGAGCGCAUCAUCCUGAAGUACUGGAAUGCAUUUGAAGAUGACCUGAUUAUUGAUCUUGAGGAUAUGACCACUGACGAUAUAUCAGGUCGGACGAGAUGGUGUACUCGUGACUUUUACCUCCUGAGAAAACAAAGCCAUAAUAACUCCAAGGAAAAGUCUAGUGAACAGCAUGAAGCAGAUGUAAGCCUGGAACAGUCAGAUACACUGUGUGAAACGGCUGUCAACCGGACACAAUCUGACAAACUGUAUGAAAUUGAUGAUAGCACCAAUCUAUCAGGUCAAGUGGAUCAUACUUCCGAUUUUGAGUACAGUGAAAGUACAUCUGAGCUACAAGGCAGUGUCUCCAUGGGCGAGAUGAAUGUAGGUGAUAAAUAUGAGAUGGAUGCUGACAUGCUGGCUACUAGCAACUCCAACCUUGGAAAGCAGAUUGUGGUGAAAUGUGUGGGGAAGAAUAAAGACAAUCCAUUGAUUACGUUUACGCCCACGUUGAAGAUAAAAAUUCGAUCAUUGCACCUUAAUCAUGAUUGCAGUGGUGACUUUCCGACUUCCCAAGUAUUAGCUCGCCCUUCAAAACCUUAUAGUAACGAAGAUAAUUUUAAUAUGGCCGCCAGCCAAAUGGUGCAGCCACUUUGUGUACCCAGCAGCACUGAAGUUUAUCAGCACAAGCUUAAAGAUGGCAGGAGCGAAGUGAUGAAUUUGGAAGAAACCACCUCAUUUUAUGUCAAUCAAGCUCCAAUGGAAAAUCAUGAUGAUUCUUCUGGUUUGAGUGAUACCACACUUAUUGAUAUCUAUCCAAGUAUGGUAGCUUCAAUGAGUGACUUGCUUGAUCGUACCUAUAAAACAAAGGCUGCAUCAAGGUUAAUAAAACAUUAUCGACAUCUCCAGGUCAAUGCAAGUAAAUCAAAGCGAAACACCAUUCAAAAUGGGAUGAAGAUCAAAGUUUGGAUGGAUGCCCGGAAAUUAAAGAGGUUAAAGUGUCAUUCUGUUAUAGAAGUAAAGGACCCUGCUCAAGGUAGAGAUAAGGAGAACAAGGCAAUUUCCCCACAAAGUAACACACCCUUGGAGACGAAGUUUACUCUCAUUGCGGAUGCGGUUUCAAGGACUGUGCCACAAAUUAAUUCAAAAUCUGACGGUCUGUGCUUCACAUUUGGAAGCUUGUGCAAAGAUUUGGCCUCCUUCCAGCCACUGCCAGUAAGCCCUUGCAGCCCCAAAACUCCAGCAGUCAUUGCAAGUUCAGUUUUUAAUUUAACUCCUUUGAAUGGGUCAACUUCGCCCCAACUACAUCGUGUGACUAACUCCACCAACUUAAAGUUUUUGAGCUCAAAAUCGGACAUGAUUGAAUUGCUAAGCCCAAGAAUCAUUGUUAAUCACCUGCGACAUGCAGAACAGAAUCUGCUGAGCAGCAGUGCAGUUACACGGCCAAAUGAUCCAGUGACUACUUGCAACAGUUCACCAUUCAGAAUGCUCUUGCGAUUGGAUAACAGUGAGAGGAAUAAACGGAGGCAUUCCAUUUCUGCCUCUGUCCCAGCCAAGUUCCAUUCUGUACAGAGCCUGUUCAAAACUAAAGGAAAAGGUAUCAAUUCAUUUGAAUCGGUAUAUCAAAGCUUGGUUCGUAAUUCGUUCUGCCUUCCAUCUACAAUGGGGCAUCACAAUGGAUUAAAUGUCCAUGCUUCCCCUGGACGUACAAUAACAUCCGUGAGCUCUGAUACAUGCUCACCUUCCCCGUUAUCCAGGAAGCGGGCUGCGUGUAUCGACCAGGCAAGGCAAACUUCUCGAUGGCCGCUGAAGAGAUUCCGUUCCUUACCGGAUUCCUCGAGUUCAAAGCAAAGUAAUUCGGAUGUGCUGAUGCUCAACACCGUGUUGCAGCAACAGGAUUAUCAUCACACACAUAGUGGUUUUUAUUCACCAAGAAGCAAGCAGGUUAGUGAGAAAAAUGCUGCUGAUGUGUUUAUUAAAUGUGAAGAUGACCGACUGUACUCGCAUUCCGCUACUGUUCUACCUGUGAUAAAUAGUUCUGGAAUUACUGUGAGCUUGAGUUUAUCACCCAGAUUUCGAAGCAGAGUAUCUAGAAAACUGGAGUACAACAAAGUGAACACCAGUACGAACUACUAUGACUUAAUGAAGCAGAAUCUCUACAAUGUACCUUAAACUAAUUUUUAAAGUGUCUGCCCAUGUUAUCUGACGGAGUCCUCCACUGUCUGAUGUAUGCUCUUGCAUUCUAUCCUUCCCUUGCUGGAUGUGUCCUACAAUGCAACUUAAACAACAUGAGGGACUCGCGGAGCAGAUGACCAGCAAUUGUAUAACUACUAGUUGGUGAAUAUGAAUAAUACUCAGUGACUCAUUUUAAACCUCCACCUUUAGUUCUGGGGAAAAUAUUAUGAAUAUUGUUUCAACUGGACAGUUCAUUUAUAGUAUGGAAUGUGUUACCAGCCUAUUUUAUCUUCAGUUUGGUAUGACCGUAUUUUAAUGUUGCAGUUUUUGUAUUGACAUGUAAUGUAACAGUUUCAAAACUCCCCAUCGAACUUAUCAUAUUUUACUGGUGAAUUUUAUGCAAUGGUUUCUUUAACUGUGCAUUGUUAGCUAUGUUGAUGCUUUCUAUUGAAUUGUCCAAAUAUAUAAUCAUAUCAUGUGUUUAAUGAGUGCACAGCAGUUUUAUGUUUGCCAAAUAUAAAACCUGUGGAAGUUGUUCUGGUGUCCAAGGCCAAGAUGAAGUAAAGAUGGAACAAGAAAGCUUCAUUCAGAGACUCUUCAUCUUUUUAAGCUGAGUGGCAUUUAAACUACAAAUGUGGCUUCAAUUUGAAGGGAAAUUGCCUCAAUAAUACUAUUGCUGCAUGAAAUAUUCUUUGGGAAAUUACAGCUACACACUGCUCUCUUCUGUAGAGUUGGGUGAUUUGUUUUAUUGAAUUGUACCCACAUUAAGAAAAUUGCUGUAUGUACAUAACUCAGUUAGUAAGCAACAAGCAUAUAUAUACAACAAAUAUCUGCUUCAUGCUGAUUUCUAUGGGCAUUUGUCUUUUAAAGUAAAUUUGAAAUAAAUACAGAAAUGGAA